CUACAUAAAAUUGAUAAGUAGCAACUUUCCGCCGUUAUCAGAUCCUGAUUAACCGAGUAAUUUUCAUUGAACGUUCAAGAAAUAUGCGAUCUGUGAUCGAAAUAUUUUUUCUAGACGAGUUGUUUUCGCGUUCGCAGGUCUCAAAUAUUCUCAUCUUCGAGUGAUCGAAGCUCCAAAAUGAGAAAAUUCUCAAUACUGUUAUGCUUCGUAGUAGGCAUAACAACCAACCAUCUCACCCUCGGAGAAAUACACGCCGAUGCGGAUUUCCUAUCUUUAACCAAACAACCCUACUUCGUCGACACGUCAGUCCUAAUUCAUAAAAUAUUCCAAUAUCUAGCCUGUCACAAAUGCCAAGUGAACACAAACCCUCACGGAUUCAGUAAAAGCAUAAAUAUCGACAUGAUCAAACGAUUCGCUCAAAUCGAAGUCGACCAAAAUGGCGACACAAUACCUUGGAACCAAACCUCACAAUACGACCUAUUCGUUAACAAACUCACCGUCAAAGCUUUCUACAACGAUACCCUCAAACACCACUUGGCCUAUUACCCAGUCAUACACAUCGAACUGAAAAACGUCGUAGGAUCAACGAUGGCCGAAUUAAUCUCAAACCUGAGCCAAAGGAUUAAAAAAGCUUACCAAGAAUACGAAUGGCUUUAUAAAAUUUACUCCAAGAAGUUCGCGACGACUGCUGGAAUUAAAAACGAAAAAUCCCAACUGGAUUUCAUGAAAAAAGUCUUCGAAAAUAAAGACCUGAGCGCCGAUGAUUUGAAACAAAGUGUUGCCACAUUAGUAGACACCUUAUUCGAUUACUUCAAUUUGACGGUAUUUAUUCUGAUCGACGAUUACGACACGCCUUGGAUCGACGUAGUCAAAGAUAAAAAUAAUAAUCUGGAUUUAAACGAAGUUCACAACCUGAUGACCGGUAUAUUUGGUAAAUUACUCGAGCCCGAAGUUGAUAAACAUAUCGAGUACAUUUGGAUGGCUGGAACUAACUCGGUACCUUUUCCUCACAAUAUGAACGAACACACGCGUUUUCGUCGAUUCAUGGACUCGUUUCCGUUCGCCCAUUUCCACAGUUUCGAGCCCAAAGAAAUGGACGCACUGGUGAAGAAAUUCAAACUCGACGAGUUACAAGUUCACGAGCUUUCGUACCAUUACGGCGGAUAUUACUAUCCUCAUAAUUGGAUGCAUGUGCACAGACCAUCGUACGUAGUCAAGUAUCUGACCAAUCAACCGAUCGAUAAAUCUGAAACAAAGUGGAUCGAACAUGGAGACUUGAGCCCACUAUCGAUGUUCUUGAAAAAUAAAGUCAUUCGGGAUAAACUUACGGAAGUAAUCGAGAAGAGGAAAUUCUCCUUUAAUAUCACCAGACUCAUUAAACUCGAACAUUGGCAAAAGUUGGCCGAUAUUAUUCGCGGUAAAGGAGAUCCUGAGACCUUCUGUCCGAAUAUUUUCUUCACUAUUCUGUUUGAAAAUGGCUACUUGAGUUACAGCGAGCAGAAUAACGAUUUUAAUAAAGAAAAAUUACUCGCUGAUUUCGAAAAAUACAACCCCGAUGACGAUUCGUUCAGAGAUUACAUCAAGUGUCACGAUUACAAAGUACCCAAUGCGUUGAUAUUGAACUCGUUGAAAGCGUUUUUGUCUUCGUAUAAAGAAAAUUUGUAGUUUAGUUGUUUUUUGUUUUUUUGAAAAAAUUUAAAAUAUUGAUGUAAUUGGCUAGGUACCUAUUUCAAUUACGUGAUAUCAUUUUGUAUUUUUUUUUCUAUUUUCAAUUUGUCUGAAACGUUAAGCCAGUUUAGCCAUCAGUUAUGUACAUUUUAUGUGAGGUGGUGGACAUCUAGGUAAGGGUUUGAUUUGAAGCUUUGUUUGUUUAAUAAAUCAUUUAUCAACGAAUAAA